AUGCCGACAAAUUCAAAAGAGAAAUAUUUGCCCAGAGAUUUGGUUAAAAUUAGCUUGGUCUCUGACGUCCCCUGUGCCGAAGUAGUUUGUCUUCAUUCGGCCACCGUCUCGACAGCGUUUCGGAGUAUUUUGUCCGCCUGCUGCCGCCGUCCCAGAUAUUAGUCACCGAGUUCCAGCGCAGGGGAACGUGUGUUUCGGGGGAGCAGGCUGGCGUUGCCGGCACCAUGGAGUCACCUUUUAGUCCGGGACUCCCUCACCGGUCGGAUGAAGAUUGGGAUUCUACCCUGUUUGCUGAACUUGGCUAUUUCACAGACACUGAAGACCUGCAGCUGGAUGCAGCAAAGGAAACUUAUGAAAACAAUUUUGAUAAUCUUGAUUUUGAUUUGGAUUUGAUGCCUUGGGAGACAGGCAUUUGGGACAUCAACAAUCAGUUCUGUGAAGUUAAAGAUAUUAAGGCAGAACCUCAACCACUUUCUCCAGCCUCCUCAAGUUGUUCGGUUUCAUCUCCUCAGUCAGUGGACUCUUAUUCUUCAACUCAGCAUGUUCCUGAGGAGUUGGAUUUGUCUUCUACUUCCCAGAUGUCUCCUCUUUCCUUAUAUGGUGAAAGCUCUAAUACCCCCUUCUCAUCAGAGCCGCUAAAGGAAGAUAAGCCCAUUAUUGGUCCUAGGAGCAAAACUGAAAAUGGACUGACUCCAAAGAAGAAAAUUCAGAUAAAUUCAAAACCUUCAAUUCAGCCCAAGCCUUUGUUACUUCCAGCAGCACCCAAGACUCAAACAAACUCCAGUGUUCCAGCGAAAACCAUCAUUAUUCAGACACUACCAACACUUAUGCCAUUGGCAAAGCAGCAGCCAGUUAUCAGUAUACAUCCUGCACCCACUAAAGGUCAGACGGUGGUGCUCUCUCAGCCUACCAUGGUACAACUCCAGGCACCUGGAGUUCUGCCCUCCCCUCAGCCAGUCCUUGCUGUCACUGGGGGCGCCACACAGCUACCUAAUCACGUGGUGAAUGUGGUCCCAGCCCCUGUGGCAAAUAGCCCAGUGAAUGGAAAACUUUCUGUGACUAAACCUGUGCUUCAGAGUACCAUGAGAAGUGUGGGUUCAGAUAUUGCUGUGCUAAGAAGACAACAGCGUAUGAUAAAAAAUCGAGAGUCAGCUUGUCAGUCCCGCAAAAAGAAGAAAGAAUACAUGCUAGGGUUAGAAGCAAGGUUAAAGGCUGCUCUUUCGGAAAAUGAGAAGCUGAAGAAAGAGAAUGGAUCACUGAAGCGGCAGCUGGAUGAAGUUGUAUCAGAGAACCAGAGGCUUAAAGUUCCUAGUCCGAAGAGAAGAGCCAUCUGUGUGAUGAUAGUUUUGGCAUUUGUCAUACUGAACUAUGGACCUAUGAGGUGCUGUCCCCUCACAGAACCAGAAUCUUUACAGUUUGAGACAUCAGACUUGGAUGAAGAAGGUAUAUUGGAACAGGAUUCCAGGCGAAUGAAUCCUAGUGUGAACCCUGCAAAUCAAAGGAGGCAUCUCCUAGGAUUUUCUGCUAAAGAGGAGCAAGAUACAUCAGAUGGUAUCAUCCAGAAAAACAGCUACAGGUACGAUCAUUCUGUUUCAAAUGACAAAGCCUUGAUGGUGCUAACUGAAGAACCACUACUCUAUAUUCCUCCACCUCCCUGUCAGCCCUUGAUCAACACAACAGAAUCUCUCAGGUUAAAUCAUGAACUUCGAGGGUGGGUUCAUAGACAUGAAGUGGAAAGGACCAAGUCAAGAAGAAUGACGAAUAAUCAACAGAAAACCCGUAUUCUCCAGGGUGCUCUAGAACAGGGCUCAAAUUCUCAGCUCAUGGCUGUCCAAUACACAGAAACCACUAGUAUCAGCAGGAACUCAGGGAGUGAGCUGCAGGUGUAUUAUGCUUCACCCAGAAGUUAUCAAGACUUCUUUGAAGCCAUCCGCAGAAGGGGAGACACAUUUUAUGUUGUGUCAUUUCGAAGGGAUCACCUGCUAUUACCAGCUACCACCCAUAACAAGACCACAAGACCAAAGAUGUCAAUUGUAUUGCCAGCAAUAAACAUAAAUGAGAAUGUGAUCAACGGGCAGGAUUAUGAAGUGAUGAUGCAGAUUGACUGUCAGGUGAUGGACACCAGGAUCCUCCACAUCAAAAGCUCCUCCGUUCCUCCUUACCUCCGUGAUCAGCAGAGGAAUCAAACCAACACCUUUUUUGGUUCCCCUCCAGCAGCCACAGAGGCAGCCCAUGUUGUCAGCACCAUCCCUGAGUCAUUACAAUAGUACCCUGGGGCUACAUGGGAAAACUGAGAAUGGGACCCUGCUAGACUGGAGAGUAGGUGAGAGAAGUGCUUCUUUCUGCCUUCUUGGUGGCAAACAGAGAACCACCUCAUGAUACAAUUCAAGAAAGAAGAGAAAAACGAAGCUGCUCUGUUUUUUUUGCAAUCCACCCAUCUACUUGGAAAGCACUGGAACUCAGACACAGGGGAGCAGCAUUUCUCCAAUGGCACACAUUACCCUACAUCUUCCACUGUUGCCUGGUGGAGAUUUUUUUCUAUACCUUCCUAAAUUGCUUUUCUGUCUGUAUUUGUUUGUGUUUAAAUAGUUAUCUUCUUUCAAAUAAGAUUCAUUUCCCCACUCUGCCAUUUCACUUACUUGUAAAGAGACGUACUUAUAGAAAGCAGCACAGCACACAGAUAUUUCCACUGAUUAGAUCUGUCAUCAGCUUAAUGCAAACCAAUUUUGGAUAUUGUGCUUGUUGGAAAGCAAAUGUCAAAACCAGAAGAGCCAAAAGCAUCCCCAAAAGAAUCAAAACAAUUUGGCGGCUUAGGUAAAAGGGAAAAAUCUCUGGGUGGUAAAAUUUAUCUGAGACUGCACGUGACUAUUUGGGGUUGGAGGCAGAUAGCAAAUUUGAGAGAAUGAAAUGGAAGGGAAGGGCUAGUGGUGGGGCUUGGUAAGAGGAGAAAGGUCCAUUAAUACACAUUUUUAAAGCACUGAAAGUUUGAUGUGACUGCAGUUUAAGAUUAAAGCCACACUGACCAUUUAUUCUGCAGGCCCCAGACCACGUACUUAUGUCUUCUUUUUUACUCAUCUAGUUCAGAUCCUCAAGAGCCCCAGGGCAAGUCCUUCAUUUUUGUUGUGAAUCACCACACACUACACACGUUUUAUUAAUACGAUACCAAAUUCAGCUAAGGAGCAUGUCAGUGACUUUAAACAAACAAGAGCUUUUUCUCUUGAGAAUUGACAAGUAUUUACUCCUUUAAGACUAUGCAGACAGGCGAGUUGGAUUCCUGCUGGGAGAGUGCAUCCCAUAAUAUGGCAAUGAUUUUCAAUUCUCCAGUGAAAAAGCAGUGAAGGAAUUCACUCUUUUUGUCCUCCAAUUACUUAAAAACAAAAACAGAAAAACAUAAAUCUUCCACUGUGUUCACUUGUACUUUGAUAAUUCUCUCCUCUCUGAUUUCUACCUUCAACUCCUAAAGCGAGUCCUCUACGCUCUCCUCCUAUGAAACUUUUCAAUUUCUUAAUAUAAUUUUUUUUCUGCAAACAUUGCUUUUUAACCCUAAUUGACUAGCCUUUGUCAGAUUUCUUCCCUUCCUUUCCCUCCCACACUGUAUCCAUCUCGUCCUCCUUGCAACAAAAGGAAAAAGAAAUAUCAACUCCUCAAGGAUUACAUGUAGCUGGUUAGAACUCUUUCCCUGUGAAAUCAGGCAUGGCUCUUGAAUAAUUCUGAAAACCCACCAGCACUUCUGUCUGGAGAGUGAUGCCUCUGUGCCCAAGCCUUUUAGAUGCUCCCCAGGAAAUCAGUUUGACUCUUAUGAGGAGAAGGGGGCUCUCUUACUCUAUUUCCUGGGAAUCUGGGGUUUGAAAAUUAUCAGUUUGCCUCCUUCUUUUCUACAAGUACAAAUGGUUUUAAGUCAGGGCAGCACUCCUGUCUGAUUUAGCUGCUCCUGGGCAAUUUUCAGGCAAGACCCCUUCUCCCUUGGGGCCACUCUUACUUCUGAUGGGUGCCAAGGAAGAGAAGGUAAGUGUCUAUAAGAACUUUAGGGUCCAGCGCAGUUUUCUCCUGGCCCUGCUCCUUCCCAUUGUCCUGUGAAUUAGCCAAACAAGAGGCUGUGACCAUGGCUAGUAGGCAGUGGCAACAUGGUCGUUCCCCAGCUGCCAGUCUUGAGGAACUGUCCUAGUUAGCAGUGGAUACAAACACAGUGUCCGUGGAGUGAUUAUGUGUGAUGCUUCCUUCCUCUAUUUUGCACUGAAUCACACAAGAACAGACCAUCAUGUGGGACUUCUUGUUUUAAGCACUUAACUUUUACUUUAUUCCUCUAUGCCUAGCUUUUCCUUUGCUCAUUUUACCAUCUCAUCAGACUGAGGACUUCUAUUAUGUACGUCGCUUGAAUGCCUCUCUCUCAGGUCAAAGUGUGGGUCGAAGUUAGGAAGGAGUCAUGACCAAGAGCAGGCAGGUGUUGAAAAUAAUGAAGUUCAGGGACCUGCCAAGUGACCAUCACAAGCAGUCUGGGAGCCUUGGCUUUCUCUUCACUCAUUGACCCGUCAGCUCCUUGUUCUUGAAUUGAUGUUUUUGAGAUGAGGGAACAGGAGUCUUCUCAGGGUAAAGUUUCAGGAAGUGAGUGAAAGGCAACUGACAAGUGCAAAGAAGUAUUCUACUUUUUACAUUGCUGUCAAGGCUACUGUUCCUCCCUGGGCACAAUGGUAGUUUUUAUUUUAAUGUCUCUAUGUUGGUGCAAAGUCCUGUAGGAAAAAUUGCUAUGCCUGAUGAAUAAAUUAAGCUGGUCUUUUGAUUUAAUUGUUUGGUGAGAUUGCCUUUUGGGGAUUUCAGUCAGGAAUUAUGGGGAGUGUGUGUAGUUUUUUUAAUUUAUUAAGUUUUUAAGUGGCAUUUUGCAAGCUUAUGAGAAUAUUGGAUAAGCUCAUGGAGGAGGCACAUCCGCCUCUUACUAGAUGAUUUUGUGCCCUUUGGGGCACAGUACUGCUCUCUUAGGAAGUGAUGGUGGAGGCUGCUGGGAACGGUUUUUCCACCUGAGUGCAAGUUCCAGGCUUAAUGGAAAUGGAUGUUCCCUCAUGCUAACUACUGAGGCAGAAUCAGGAGCUUCUUCCCUGUGGGUUAACUCAUGCAGCAGAACUAGGAUUCAGCUCCGUUAGAAUGGGAAUGUAAAAUGCCUCUUUCCAAAGUAAGGAUUUGUAAAAGGAUCAUUUUGAUACAGAUGUAUUGCUUGCCAUGCUUAUCGUCUAGAAACUUUACAUUAGAUUAUUGGGUGGGUUUUGUCUUUUCACGAGUUAAAAAAAAAAAAAUCCCUCGUGAUUAUAAGAGCUCAGAGCAUCUUCUAAUUUUUUUUUUUUUUAAUGACUACAAGCUUCAGCACAAAGCUGGCAUUUCUUUGCCUUUUCUUGUUAGCAAGAAGUUGACAUAGAGGUAUUUGAAAUCAGCAAUGUUAUAUGAGUCAUUCUUGAGUGUUCUGAAUAAACACUACUUAGAAACAGACAAGAAACUUGGGAUUCAAACUGAUUUUUCUAGCAUUUUUAAAGAGACACUGUCCUAAUUAAACUUUCCUGGCUUGAAUCUUCCCCCAGUAGUCACAGCCAUGACAUUCUGAUAAGACACUGCUAUGGCAUUUGGAGUGAUUAGAACUGGAGAACCUCUCAAGAAGCUCCUUGCAAUUUUUUUUUUUAGGGCCACACCCAUGGCAUAUGGAGAUUCCCAGGCCAGGGUUCUAAUCGGAGCUACAGCUGCUAGCCUACACCACAGCCACAGCAACGCCAGAUCCAAGCCACAUCUGCAGCUUAUACCACAGCUCAUGGCAACGCCAGAUCCUUAACCCACUGAGCAAGGCCAGGGAUCGAACUCACAACCUCAUGGUUCCUAGUCAGAUUCGUUUCCUCUGUGCCACGCGGGAACUCCCCUUGCACUUUUUUGUACUGUUUUCUGACUCUUCCCAUUUUACUAAAGCUCAAGUUGUGAAACUUGACAGAUCAGAGGGAAAUACUUGUAGUUGUAUUUGACUUUCUAACACAUUGGAAAGUUUCAAAGCCGCUUCCAUUUUCAUCUAUUAGAAGUAACCACUACUGAGGAGCCGGCAUAAGAUCCCAUGCCCCCUUCAGUUUGACCUCAUGGAAAUUUUCCACCAUGAAAGCCCUCUUUCCACUGCAUGCUGCUGGGCCAACUCAGCUUCCUACAGCAGAGUCACAGGCCUGAACUUCAAAUGAGACAUUUCAUAUGUUGCCUGUUUUCAUAUAAAUUAACCUCUCAAGUAAGAUUGCUUAAUGCCAAAAUUGAUAGACAUUUAUUACCUCCUAUAGACCCCCCCCAUUCUUUACCAAAAUGUUAUUUUUGUCAGUCCUGGGUCAAUUUACAGAAAUUAGAAUCUUUGCUGCUAAUAUGAAUACUAAUUAUAAUUUUUACCUUAAAACCAAGAAUAAAGCUUAAAGAAAAUGAAAUGUAAUAAUUUUUUAUUCUUAUCCCUAAUAAUAUUUGGGAGGGAGAAAUUCCUGCUUUCCCUCACCCCCCAAGGGUUGUGGUUGAUUUUUACUUUUCUAGGAAACAGAAUAUUGGACUACCCUAAAAAAUGUUGCCAGAGUCCAGAUGGAACUAUGCAUAUUCAAAAAAAAAAAAUACAGUUUUCUCUUACCAGAAAAAAGUCAGAGUGUAUUCUGUUAACAUAUUUUUAAUGACUAAGCUUUAAGAUUUAUUUUGGAUAAGAUUAGAACUUUUAGCAGUUUAUUCUAAUAUGUGUUUGUUAAUAUCUGUAUUAAUAUCUAUCAGAAUUUGUGGAAAGAAUGACAAAGGUAUCUUGAUCAGGAAACUUGAUCCUAUGUAUGAAUCAUGUCCUGGCUAGUCACUGUAAAAGAGUAAACACCAUUCUCAACACAUUAGUUUGCUAACCUUAAGGCUUAGAGACUUAGCACUUAAAAGGCAUUUAAUUAUAUUAAGUUGGGGAAACCAAGGAGUAAAUAAAUCAUAGUUUAUCAUUUGCCAGGGUCAACAAACAGCACACUGUCUUGCUGCUUUCCUCCAUUGGUGUUGGUGACUGUUAAUUAAUAAGCAAACCAGGAGGCCUGGCAUACUGAUGUUGGUGACCAUUAAUUAAUAAGCAAACCAGGAGGCCUGGCAUAUUGAUGUUGGUGACCAUUAAUUAAUAAGCAAACCAGGAGGCCUGGCAUAUUGAUGUUGGUGACCAUUAAUUAAUAAGCAAACCAGGAGGCCUGGCAUAUUGAUGUUGGUGACCAUUAAUUAAUAAGCAAACCAGGAGGCCUCCCAGAGAGAGAUCAGCAUGUUGACUCAUGGAAAAUGUAUAUUGGACCAUUUUAACCCACACUCACCCCUAACUUCUAGGUCAGUCAUCUUCAGAUAUGAUGCUGGGGAAAUAGAACUUUAGAUGGAAACUUCUAUGCACUUCUGGCCUGAGAGAUGCUAGUUUCUUGUUCUCCUCAUGUUGGCAAUAUGGUUGGGCUAAGACCAAUAGUGCUUCUCCCAUGAAGCCAUUAGAAUCUGAGGAGAGAGUGUUAGAGAUGCCAUUUCACCAGGAUUUGUUUCUAAGGUUGUAUUCAUGCUCAGUUAAGAAUAGGUUAAAAAUGUGGAGGAAAGAUAUACCUUUCUCUCCCUUAAUAUUUAUGUUGAUUUACAACACAUAAAGAUAUGAUGACAGACUAUGAUAUGCUUUUAAGCAAGUCUUUAUAAUGCAAUACUUGUUCUUUGUCUGAAAUUUAAAUAAAGAAUUUUUAAAACUUGA